CAGAUCUCUGAGGACCAGGAGCGAAUUGAACAGAGACAAAUUAAACGACAGAAAAAUCUCAGAGACUACUGUGGAAGACACGUUGGAAACAGCAAACAAGGCGAGACUAUGUCCAGAGAACUACUGGGUCAUUUAAUCGUUAACGACAAGUAUAAAGUUAUCUACUGCUAUAUUCCCAAGGUUGCCUGUUCUCAAUGGAAGCGUGUCUUUCUUGCGCUUGAAAACCGAACCAACGUGACAGAUUUACACUCUGAGAGUAAUUUUAAGUUUCUUCAAAAGUAUUCCAACGAGGGUGUUAAAAUGAGGCUUCAAUCCUACUAUAAGUUUCUCUUUGUUCGAGAGCCUUUCGAGAGGCUUUUGUCAGCGUAUGAAAACAAGUUUGUAAAACGGCAAUGGCCAUGGCAUAAGAUUUUGAAGUUCGAGGGGGACAUUUAUAAAAAAUUUAGUCAAGUUGAUCCUAGCGCCGGCCAGAUUUUGACAUUCAAGAGAUUUGUUUAUUUUUUGAACGAUUUUGGAUUUAAUCUAAACGAGCAUUGGGCACCGUACGGACGACUUUGUUUCCCAUGUGACAUAGAAUACGAUUUUAUCGGCCAUUUUAAAGACAUGCUGGAAGAAGCUGCUUACGUCCUGAAAAAAACUGGAAUGGAUAAAGAGGUUACUUUCCCUGAGUUUGUUACCCAUAAUACAACAGGUAAACUGCUCCAAAAAUAUGCACCAGUUCCCACAGAGAAGAUUGUAGAGCUAGGACAUACAUUUAAAGAAGACUUUGAAAUGUUUAAUUAUGAUUUCCCAGGGCCUCUUUCUAGCCUUUUGGAAGAUUAA